CUCCCGAGCGGCAGAAAAGGCGGCGCGCGGGGGAGCCUCCGCGGCUGCGCAGUGAGGGCCGCCGAGGCAAGGCGCUGUCAUGUCUGUGGCCGCGAAGGAGCAGCUGCCGCGGGAGGAGGAGGAGAAGGGGAGCCGGGAGAAGGUGAGUCUCGCGCGGUGCCGGGGGGGGGGAAGGGGGGGCGAGGGGAGCCCUUCUCUCCGGGCUUGGCCUGGGGGGAAGGGAGGGAAGGGAAGCCUCUCCACAGCCCCGCCCGAGAAGAAGCGCUUCCCGUCCCCUCCCCCCCCCCGCCUCUUUUCCCCUCAGAGAAGCGCUGCUCUGUCAGGCACCCGCAUAUUUUUUUUUUUUAAAGAAUAUUUAUUCGAGUUUUAAAGUUACAAAAAAUAUAGAAAAAACAAACCACACACAUCUUACAAAAAACAGACAGUAAAAAAAAACAAAAAAAAAUCACAGUAAAAAAUAACAAAAAUCAAAUUUAGACCUUUACAACCUUUUUCCCUUUUACUUAUUUCCAUGACUUCCUCUCACCUCCCUGCUUUGUAUUCUAGUUUAAAUCGUAUCUCCAGCAAAUCCUUCUAACCUUCUUUUCUUUUACUUAUUUUAACAUUCGAAAGUAUUUAAUUCUCCUCUAUCCUCAUUUUACACUUCAUAUUUACUUAUUCCAUUAUACCAUGUCUGCCAAUACGGUCUAGUAUUCUUCUCCAACCUUUUUCUAACAUUCUUUUAUAUUACAGUGUUUCUGAAGAUAUAUUUUAAAUUUUUUCCAGUCUUCUUCCAUCGACCCUUCUUCCUGAUCUCGUAGGCGCCCGCAUAUUUUGAGGGGGGGGAGGGAAUGCGCGCGACUUUUACCCAACUGAACCCCCCCCCCUCUCUGAGGCCCAGGCGCGGAGCAGAAAAAGGCCUCCGGAGUCCGGGCUGACGGCUCCCAGGGAGCGAGUCGGUUCCGCUUCGCUUGUGGACGGGCGUCGCUUCCUUUUUUUUUUUUAAUGAUAUUUAUUCCAAGUUUAAGAUUACAAAAAGAGAACAAAACAGUACAAAGUACAAAGAAAAGCUUAACCACAACAGAGCAAAAAGAAAAAAGAGAACAAUAAAAUAAAAUAUAUAUAAAAAAGCAAGACAAAAGAUAUAAAAAUGCAUUAAAUUAAAAUAAAACAAAAACCAAUUAAACCUUUACAUAGCUUUUUCCCUUUACUUAUUUCCUUGACCUCCUCUCACCUCCCAAUUUUGUAUUCUAGUUCGGAUCAUUUUUUCAGCAAAUCCUUCCAACCUUAUUUUCAUUUACGUAUUUUAAUUUAAAAUAUUAUAAUUAAACAUCCUCUGUUUCAUCAAUUUCAUCAACUCAUUGGACGGGCGUCGCUUCCUGGGAGGGGAGGGGGCCGCUUACCUGCGCCUGCCUGCCCGUGUGGACGCGGCCGGCCCGCUUCCUGCGGUGCCUGCUUCACCCCCCCCCGAAGAGGGGGCGAGGUUUGCCUUGGGAAGCCCCGUGAGGCGCUUCUCGGGCUGCGCCCCGGGUGGGGAGGAGGUGGGUCGGGCUGCAGUCCGGACACGGGGCGAUGCGCUCGUAGGAAGCUGCCUUCUUCCACCAUGCCAGGCCUGUGGUCUGCUAGCUCAGUACUGCUGGCAGGGGCUGGCCGAGGGAUUCAGCCCCGACACUGAGGUCCAGUGCCGAGGGCUUCAUUGCGAGAAGUGAGGUUACAGGGAACCAGGCAGAGGGUCUUCUCGGUGGUGGCGCCCGCCCUAUGGAAAGCCCUCCCAGCAGAUGUCAAGGCAAUAAGCAACUAUCCUUCUUAUAAAAGACAUCUGAAGGCAGCCCUGUUUAGGGAAGUUUUUUAAUGUUUAAUGCUGUAUUGUGUUUUUAAUAUUUGAUUGAGAGCCGCCCAGAGUGGCUGGGGAAACUCAGCCAGAUAAGUAAUAAAUUACAGUGGUACCUCUGGAUACAAACGGGAUCCGUUCCAGAGCCCCGUUCGCAUCCUGAAGUAAACGUAAGACGCGACUGCGUGUUUGUGCAUGCGCGGGUCGCGUUUUGCCGCUUCCGCGCAUGCGCGUGACGUCAUUUUGCGCAUCUGCGCAUGCGCGAGCGGCGAAACCCAGAAGUAACAUGCUCCGUUACUUCCGGGUUGCCGCAGAGCACAACCCAAAAAUAUUCAUCACGAAGCUACUUCAACCCGAGGUAUGACUGUAUUAUUAUUAUUAUUUAUUAUUUGGCCGAGGUUCCCUCCGAGCCCCACCAGGAGACCCUAAGGACUGAACUUCAUGUAUGCAAAGGAGAUGGGCGCCUGUUGCUGGAGGUGUCCGGUUUGGCCACAGUGACACGCCGCCCUAGUGAUGUCCUCUCUGUGUGGGGCUGCGCUUGAAAAGUGCUCAGGGACUCCAGCUGCCUCAAAGAGCUGCAGCCAGAUUGUUAUAGGGGAGCAGAUGACUUGCUAGAAGAAGCUCCCAACUGGCUACCAGUCUGUUUCCAGGCACAACUGAAAGUGCUGGUUAUGACCUGGAAGACUGUAUUCCCUCAUAUACCUGCCCAGGUUUGGAGAUAUUGGGGGAGGCCUUUCUUUCUGUCCUUCCACCCUCACAGGCAGGCUUGGUGGGGAUGUUCUCAGUGGCUGCUCCCAAACUUUGGGGCUCCCUCCCUAGGGAAUCUAGAUUAGCUCCAUCCUUCUUUCCUUCCACCAGCAGGUGAAUACUUUUCUGUUACAGCAGGCUUUGGGGAACUGACUGUUUUUAAUGAAAGUGCUGGUGCCUUGCUUUUUUUUGUAAUUAUUGGUAUGAUUUUAAUAUAUUUUAUAUCUGUAUAUAGUUUUAAUUCUAUCAGUAGUUUUUCAGUGAUUUUUUUUCUUUGUGCUUUUCGAGGUUCUUGUUUUUAUCUGUAAGUCAGAUUGAGUCAUGUCAGAGAAAAAGGAGGGGAAUAAAUAAACAAUGCCAGUGAACUGCAGCCCAUCUCCAGUCAGUUUACUUUUAAAAUUUGUUGUGCUUAAAUGCAAAGAACUACUACCAUCCUGUUCAGUUCAGCCCUAGAUCAGUGGGACUUCUUGUGCAAUUCUCUGCAACUUUACUUGGAAGCAACUUCCACUGUUUUCAGUAAGCUUAUUCUUAGGAAAGUGUGCACAGAAUUGCAGCCUAAAAUUUAUUUUGUAGAACGUAUAUACCAUUGAUUGAUAAAUAACACACACACAACCCCCCACUCAAAGCUGUUGAAUGCUAAGAUUAUGCUGUGCACACAUUUUUAAUAUGCCUUCAUCUUAACAUCAAGUCGACCUCAAUUUGUGACCCACAUUUUUAUAUUUUUAAUAGAAUAAUGCUUAAUAAAUCCUUACAAUAUGUAUUGUGGUUCCCCAGAUGGUGUUGGACUGCACUGCAACUCCCAUCAUAGUUUCUGACUGCUGCCAGUUGAGUGUGUUGGCUGAGGCUAAUGGAACUCUAAGUCCAACAGCACUGGAGGGCUACAGCUUUCCUUCCUUGUUUGACUGGGAUCAUUAAUUAUUAGCCUGCAGGCAAAGUCAACUCUGAGUAGGAGUAGCAUUGCGUACCACAAGUGGACAUGCUGGAAACCAAUCUGCACGUAAUGUGAAGUGAUCCUAAAUUGCACUAUGAACUUCAUGCAUAAUCUGUUGCUUAUUCUGGAAUAGAGUGUUAUCUGAGCGGAAGCUGUUUCUUUUGUCCAGUAUCCUCCCCCCCCCCCAUGUACUCUGCAAUAUAUAUUGUUUUGACAACAGAAUGUGCCUGGGCAGUUAAGAUAAGUAACUUCAGAAUAGCUGUAUAAACCUUUUGGCAAUUGAAUGUGCUGACAUGGCACACAGUCUACGGGCAACUCCUGUUUAGUGUACGUUCAAAGAGUGCCUGACCGUAAAUGCUGGAGUUGUUUUUGGACCCGGAAGUGGGCAGGGUGGGCUUAUGUGCACUCCACUGACGCGUGCAAUGACCCAGAAUGUAACCGCCACACAAAAUGGGGGUUGCCUGUAUAUACAUGUAACUUCAGAAGUGCAGGAAGCCCUGAUCCUGCUAGGUGACAGAAGUUAGGGUCUAUUUUUUUCUUAGAGUUUCAGAGCAUGGAACAAUGUAGUACAUCAAACAAGCAAGAAUAUAACACAAAGCAAAAAGAAAAUCUAGCCAGUUAAACACUCCAAAAGAAGUGUUUAACUUCUUUUGGAGCAAUAGAAGAAAAUUAAAUAAUGAGUAGGGUGGAAGAGGAAAGGGUAGAAGAUUGAGAUGAUGUAACAGCUUCCCCCAAAAUGUGUUUUGGGUUCAGAGGGAGGCUAAUAUGACCACCUGCUACAUUAAUAAGGAAAGGGAACCAAAUUGGUUGAAAACUCUGUCCGUUUGAGCCUGUUGAGCACCCAAGCUUCAUAGGUCUGUUCCUCACACAGGGCAACAUGCAAUAUACGGUUAUACCAGGCUGUAAGUGUAAAGUCAGAUGAUCUUGGAGGGGGAAAGGGGAAAAUAUGCAAAAUAUUAAUUAAUUAACAAUUUGUCUGUUUUCUGAAUGGCAGCAGGCAGGCUUUUCUUUACCCUAGACCUGCUACAAUACUGAGAAAUUAAUUAACAAUUUGUCUGUUUUCUGAAUGGCAGCAGGCAGGCUUUUCUUUACCCUAGACCUGCUACAAUACUGAGAAGUCUAGUGCAGACAUGACUAAGAAUUUUUUGCCACGCUCCCUGUUGGUCCAAGUUCGUAGAGGCACAUAGCAGCAGCAAAUGUGACGACGUGGACAUGACCAUACUUGUGCACACUUUUUGUACACACGGGUCACAGACAUGCAUACAUAUAGACAGGCGGUACUUGUAUGCACUUUUAUGUGCCUGCUGCGUCAGCAUUUGAAACUAACCGGGAGCCAGUCGCCUUUUGGAACUAAGGAGCGCCCCCUUGUGACCAAGUGGAGAUAGAAAUCUUGCCACUUGUUUGUGACAGAAAUCACCACCACAGGAGCGCAAGAGUAGUGUUCCUUGCUGACUAAAACAGCUGAAAAGCUGUCACCAGCUAUUGAGCUUUUGGCUUUCCUUUUCAUCGCUGCUCCCCUGAAGCCUUUUCAGGGCUUUUUCUCAGCUUGAACUCACUGAAACUCAGUUUCAGCACCUCUCAGGUGGGCAUCAUUGCCAUUCUGAGAGAACGAGUGAGGUGUUCAUGGUGAGUUUUGGCACCUCUUUUUCUAGGGAAAGUAGCACUGUGCCUUUUGAUGUGCUGAAGAGACUCCCUUGUGGUACUCUUGGCAUAAGCAAACAAAACUCUUUCACAUGCUUAAAUGGAUUCCUUCUCACUUGGGAGUGGGGAGUGGGAUGAACAGCUAACUUUGCAGGUAGCAACUGAAGACCAAAGCAAACUGUCCUUCUGUGGUCUGGCCAUUCCCACCCUCUACCCAGGAUUCCAAAGGCUGUAGCAACUCAUUUUUCAGCCCGCCUACCCUAACCUCUACCUCAGCCCCUCUCUGCCUUUGCUCCGCUGUUUCGUUACUGUUUCCUUUCCACUCGGCUCAGCUUUCAGUUCCUUGCUCCUAGAUGGACGACAUCUGAUUUUUCACAUUGUGAUAUAUCACUAUUAAAAAAUUCUUUCCAGUAGCACCUUAGAGACCAACUAAGUUUGUUACUGGUAUCAACUUUCGUGUGCAUGCACACUUCUUCAGAUACCAAGAACUAGUGAUAUAUCACUAGUUAACCAUCGCAGUACAUUACACCAGUAUAUUACAAUGUCUGAAAUAAGGAGGGGCAGCUGGGCUGUGGAGGGAGGGAAGGUGCAGGCAGGCAGAGGAGCACCUUCUUGGCUUUCCUCUGCCAAGGCCACCACAACGUGAAUCGCUCUCUGUGGUCCUUCCCAGCAAUCACCACCCAACAGAUCUUCACGCUUGCAAGCUCAAAAAUUCUGAAACUCUUAUUGCGAUCUGAACUUCAGACCGGUUUCAGACGAUGUAUUGAUACAUCACACAGCCCUAGUUAUGACUCUGAUUUCCAUCACACACACACACACACACACACACACACACACACACAUAUAUGAUGGAACUCAGGGAGAGACCUCAGUUGAAGAUCUUAAUGCACUAAGAGUGGUGUGGGAGGAACUCACCAUACAUGGGGGCAACCAGUUUUGAUAAACGAUGUUGAAAUUAAUUCUAGCCCUUCUUUUGAAAUAAAUUUUGAAAUAAAAUUCAAAUUAACUUUCCGCCAGUCCUGCAUAGGCUUCUCUGAGAUUGCAGUAUAAUUCUAAAGUACCUAAAUGCCAUGCUGCUCCUAAGGAAAGAAAAAAAAAGUAGUUUUAUCUUCCCCACCCCAAGUCCUGUUUUUGUUCAAUUGAUGUUAUAAUAAUCCUCUCAUAUAUUUUUCAUGUAUUGUUACUGCUAAUGGUUACAAAUUGAGAUUAAACUCUGGUAAGGACUCCUCAGCAGCAGUACCACAGUAAAUAGGUGACCCGAAGUUUGCUUCCAAAGAAUUGCUAUUCCUAUCCCAUCCUCCUAGCUGAGGUUUGACGGGUAUGGAGUUGGUGUAGGAAGCUAUUGCUGAGAUCUCCAGCCUUCCAAAUUCCUUCUGCUUUCAUUUCAGAUGAGGUCUGUGUCUGUGGAUCUAAAUAUUGACCCUUCACUGCAGAUUGAUAUCCCUGAUGCUCUCAGUGAAAAAGACAAAGUGAAAUUCACAGUCCAUACUAAGGUAAGAUGGCAGGGAAGAAGGAUAAUUAAAGUUGGGACAAAGCUACAACUUUGCCAUGUUUAGUGACCAAGGUAACUUCUAUGAAGUUACAGGUUAGUGAACAUGGCUUGGAAAAUAGCCUUACCUCACAUAAAUUGAAAUGAAAGCAUUUUUAUGCCAGUUUUUUUUUUUUAAGAUGAUGUGCUCUGUCUCUCCAAAAUUAUCUCUUGGGAAAUCUUCCCUCUACAGUGGACCCUCGGGUUAUGUACCUCUCUGGAUAUAUAAUCUUUGGGUUGCCAAAAUGGCAAACCCGGAAUUAUUUUUCAGGGUUUUGCCACUCGCACAUGCACAGAAGUGCUCUAUCGCACCGUGCAUGUGUGCAGAAGCGGUGCCUCUGGUUACAGAUUUUAUUGCGGUACGUAUGGACCCCCAAAACGAAUUAAAUCCGUAUCCAGAGGGUCCACUGUACUUUUUAUUAUGAUAUUUUCUUUUUUCACUUGCUUCCAUAUACAUCUAAAUACCUCUUGUACUAAUCAAGAUUGAGCAGUGUAUUGAAAACCACCUGAAAAGCCAUAUAUCAUGUUUCAAACCAAUAUAUAUGUCCAUUUAUAUAAAAUUCAAAAUGAACCAUGGCCAAAAUAAGCUGAGAUUUUGUUUAAAUUGAAUAAAAGCAAUAUUUCAGGGAAGAUGUUGCUCAUGGGUCAUUUUAAGAUAUUGGUUUGGGGUUCAGAAAUUUAAGAUACUGAUUUUUGGUUCAUUUGUUUAAUCUCACUUUAUAUUCACACAUUACCGUAUUUUUCGCUCUAUAAGACGCACCAGACCACAAGACGCACCUAGUUUUUGGAGGAGGAAAACAAGAAAAAAAAAUUCUGAAUCUCAGAAGCCAGAACAGCAAGAGGGAUUGCUGCGCAGUGAAAGCAGCGAUCCCUCUUGCUGUUCUGGCUUCUGGGAUAGCUGCGCAGCCUGCAUUCGCUCCAUAAGAUGCACACACAUUUCCCCUUACAUUUUAGGAGGGAAAAAGUGAGUCUUAUAGAGCGAAAAAUACGGUAUAUUACUGCUUUUAAUAACAUGUAGUAAUUCAGAUUUGAUUUCAGUAAGUGGGGGGCGGGGAGAUUUGGGUCUGUAAACUUAAAAUCAGUUCAGUCCUUUUCUGUUUGUUUGUAUCUUGACUUCUAAACAGUUUUGAUGGUAGUUGUGCUGCCUUCAUGGAUCUGAAUAUGGAAUAUGGUUGCAACAGCAAGUGAGGAAAGCUAGGAGUGGAGUUUUGUGUAGAAGGGCUGUAAACUCCAUUUCUGGCAUUCAGAACAAAUUUCUCAUCUCUUGUCUCAGAAUCCUUUAAUUUUACACGUGUUUCUUUACACCCGGCUCCAGUUGGUGGUUCUCAGGGUUCUAGUUUUAAAAAAAAAGUAGAUCCUACAAACCUGAAGUCUUCCCACCCAUGUUCCAGCUUAACAGUCUCAAAAGCCUACACUAUUUAUUAUUUUUAUUUUUUGUAUUAAUGAGGUCCAAAGGAGUAACUGAUUUCUGUUUUCAGACUACACUGCCAGUUUUUCAGAGCACAGAAUUCUCAGUUACAAGACAGCAUGAAGAUUUUGAGUGGCUGCAUGACACAUUUAUUGAGACAGAAGAGUAUGCAGGACUAAUUGUAAGUACUUACAAAAUCUGAUUUAAAAUGCAGACAUCUUUGCUAAACAGUGAAAUUGCAAAUUGCAAACAAGUAAUUCUGUGGUUUUUGAUUUUUUGUUUUAGAAUUUCAUAGUACUGAUUCUUAAUCUCCAGUGUAUAUUGAUAUAUAUAUGUAGCCUUGAAACUCAUUUCAAUGCAUGAGUGGGGUUGCUAUGGAUAUUUCAGUUAUGCACCCACUUAACCUGGGAUUAAACCCCAUUGGGUUCAGUGAGGCUUACUUCUGAGUAGACAUGGGUAGGAUUGCACUAUUAAGUAACCACAUUUCAACUAUUUACAGUACAGUGGUACCUCGGGUUACAUACGCUUCAGGUUACAUACGCUUCAGGUUACAGACUCCGCUAACCCAGAAAUAGUACCUCAGGUUAAGAACUUUGCUUCAGGAUGAGAACAGAAAUCUUGCUCCGGCGGCACAGCAGCAGCAGGAGGCCCCAUUAGCUAAAGUGGUGCUUCAGGUUAAGAACAGUUUCAGGUUAAGUACGGACCUCCGGAACGAAUUAAGUUCUUAGCCUGAGGUACCACUGUAACUAAUUUUGAGUUUAUCAAAUAAUGAAACCUUAUUGAGGGCAGCAAGAUGAUAAUUUAAUGAAGUAGUGAUACUUCAUUGGUGGGUUCUUUUGUGAAAUUGCCUCCAGAAGGAGAUCUGAGAAGAGCCAGAGAUGUGGAUCUUGCGGAAGUGCAGUUAAAUUCUGCUUUAUUUUGCUAAUCUUAUAAUUGUUUGGUUUUCUGAGUAUUCUCCAGUUAAAAUAAAUUUUAUUGUACUAUUGUUGGUUUGGAUUUUUUUUAGAUUGUUGGUUUUAUUGAAGACUGAAGUAGUUGAGAAAUGACAUAUAUGUUUAGCAGCAAGAGUGUGUGUAUUCUUGUGUGUGCUAGAGUGCUGUUCUCAGUUUCAGCUCCAAGAGCAUUUGACACCCCUCAAGAAUUGCCCCUAUUUUUUUGUGCUAGGGUCUCAUACAAAGGCAAUGAGAUUAUUGUCAGGACUUUGCACACUUCAAAUUUCAUCAUUUUAUUUAAAUUAGACAUACAAUACAAUACUACUUUUUUGAGAUGCAGUUUUGCAUUUACUUGUAAUGUGCUACGUCUCCACCCUUCUAUCCUGAAUCUCCGUCCCACCAGAUCUGUAGCUACAGAUUUGCCCUUAGAACACUCUGAAUACAUUGGUCAUAUUUUAGUUCAUUUCACAUCUUUUCAGCAUUUACACUGCUGUUCUAUAGCGAAAUACUGUUAUACUAUACUGUACCUAAGUUAUCUAUUAUUUACUUUUAACAAAUUAUAUACUACUUAAUUACAGUAGGAGACACAAUACAAUUAAACUAAAUAUGACUAAAAGCUAUUAUUCUAUUAAAAAAUGAAUAAAAAAGUCUUCAGAAAGCACUGAAAGCUCAACAGAGAGGUGGCUUUUCUGACCUCAGCUGGAAGGGAUUUCCAUAAAAAUUAGAUGUUUGACUUGCAGUGUUCUUGUGGAAAUUGCUAGGCAGUAGAAAUUACUGAAGUUCUCUUUUUGGACAAGGAGGUUCCUAACAACAGAUCUUUUUGUCUAAGAUUCCUCCAGCACCUGCAAAGCCUGACUUUGAUGGCCCCAGAGAGAAGAUGCAUAAGCUUGGGGAAGGAGAAAUGUCUAUGACAAAAGAGGAAUUUGCCAAAAUGAAGCAAGAGCUGGAAGCGUGAGUGUGAUCAUACUUAACGAAAAGACCCUCUAUAUCCCAUGUAAAUGUUUUCUUGCUGACAAAUCUAUGCGAGUGUAAAGAAGGCUUCUGAACUGUCAAGACUCUACAGGUUAAAACAGCCUAGUAAGUUUUCUGAAUUUGCAUUGUCUUCCCACUCCUCUGCAUGGUCUGUUAGUUUAGUUUAGUUUGUUGCAUUCAUAUCCUCCCUUUAUUCUAAGGACAAUAUAUGGCCCUGGAUAGCUCAGUUAGUUAGAGCAUGGUGCUGAUAAUGUCAAGGUUGCACGUUUGAUCCCCUUAUGGGACAGCUGCAUAUUCUUGCAUUGCAGGGGUUAGACUAGAUGAUCCUUAGGGUCCCUUCCAACGCUACAAUUCUAUGGUUUUAUCCUCUCAACAAACCUUGUGUGCAGGUUUGGCUCUGAGGUAGUGACUGGCUCAAGUUCACCCAGUUAAAUUCCAAGUGCCAAUGGGGAUUUGAAGCCAGUUUCCCCAGUCCUAGUUAAAAGCUCAUGUUAUUUAAAUCUGUUUAUACACCACUAUUCAGACAAUUUGUCAUUUACAAGCUUAAGAAAACCUAUAACAUAAGUAAACAUUUCAAUAAAGGUACAAUACAUGAUAGCAGUCUGGCAUCCAGUGUUUGUGAAAGGUUGGGGUAGGCAAAUUCACCAUUCUCCAAAAAGAGAAUAGACCUGUCUUGGUAGACUAUUCCAGAGCAUCAGAGCUGCUACGAAGAAGGCUCCUCUCCUGCUUGAGGGUAACCUAGGCUUCCCAUAAGACAUGUUUCAAAAUAGGGUCUCCUCAGAAGAUCUCAAGUCCUGGGAGAAUUUGCACAUUCUCAGAGGUUACUAGAACCAAGUUGUUGAGGGCUUUAAAGUUAAGAACCUGUGCUUUCGAUUAGGCCUGGAAAUCAACUUGGGAGCCAGUUUGAAGGCAGAGUUGCUGUUAGUGUGAAUGUCAUCUGUCCAACUAGCUGGUAAUCAGUCUGUUCUGGAAGGAGUUAACACGCACACACGAAAAAGAAGAGAUAGGGAGCCUGUGGCUGUCCAGAUCUUGACUGACUAUUCUGACUGGAUCAAAUUAGGAAUUGGAGUCAGCAAUGGAGGGCUACAGGUCCCCCAUCCCUGCCUAGAAUGAUCUGGCUUGUAGACUCUUUGAUCCAGCAUUGUCAUCGGAGACAGAUAUGUAUGGUGGCUUGUAGCACCUUUAUCAGCUUAGUGUCACAGUUGAUCUAUCAGCCUGUCAUGACAGAAAGCCUUGCAGUAUUUGUUUUAGUGGGAUUAAAGGGUAGGUCUUAAGUCUGAGAGGCUGAAUACUGAUUUAAAAUAUCAAGAUAUGGGUGUGUGUGAAGAAGCUAAAGUUCAUAUCUGGAUACAAGAACCAGUGCUUUUUUUCUAGGGGGAUGCAGGGGUACCCUAAACAUUUUGUGAAUCUAAGUUUGGCCUCAUUGAGGGGCAGUAUCUCAAUAUGGGUAGGAAAAUGAGAGCACCCCUAAACAUUUUUUAGGAAAAAAGCUCUGACAAGAAUUGUACGUGAUGGAAGUUAUCCCAGUUCAGCAAGGGAGAUGAGUUUGCUGUGAAGCAGGUGCCCAAAGUCCUGUUUCUGGGGAUGGUCUAUAAUUCCAGUCUGUGGCUGUGCUUGUGGUUCCUACUGCCAGAUCGGGAGCCGUACACAUAAUUCGUCAUUGCAGCUGCUGAUUGUAUUAGUGGGUGAGAGAGUGGCAUCAAAUCUGUCAUCUAAAAUGUAAAUAAGAAGUUAUGGCAUUCAUCAUUGAAAGCAAUUACAGUCAUACCUUGGUUUUUGAACAGCUUAGUUCUCAAACCUUUUGGCUCCCGAACGCUGCAAACCCGGAAGUGACUGUUCCGGUUUGCGAACUAUUUUUGGAAGCUGAACAUCCGCAGCUUCCAAUUGGCUUUGGUUUCCGAACAUUUUGGAAGUCGAAUGGACUUCUGGAACAGAUUCUGUUUGACUUCCAAGGUUUGACUGCAAUUGGCUGUGAUUCCUGAGGGGCAGAUGACGCUUUGGGUGCCUUCCAGCUUCUCGAUUCUAUGCAAGAAGAUACCUGCAAUGCUUGUAUGCUCAGCCCACUACGAUGCAGGUGCACCUUAGGCCGAAGUGUGCACAAUGUGGGGCACAUUUUUUUCCAUUCCAAUAUUUUUUUUCUUCCAGGGAGUACCUUGCGGUGUUCAAGAAAACCGUAUCGUCACAUGAAGUCUUCCUUCAGCGAAUUUCUGCCCACCCUCUUCUCAGCCAAGAUCACAACUUUCAUGUCUUCCUUGAGUAUGAUCAGGAUGUAAGGCACAUCUGCUUUUCAUUUAUUUACAUUAUUUCUUAACCAGCCUUCAUCAAAAAUAUUCCAGGAUAAUUUACAGAUCAUUAAAUUAAAACAUCAAAAUUCAUAAUUAAUAUAAGCAUUAAAAUAUAAAAUCAAAAUUCUUCCAUUUAAAACAAUCCAGAAAAUUACAAGAACCACUGAAAGAAUCAAGCCCCAAAAAAUCCUGUCAAAGGAAGGCAAGACUGCAUUUAAGCUAUAUACAACUUUACAUUGCUUCCGUAAAUAACACCUAUUUAACUUGAAGACAGCUGAACUAUGGAACUCCUUGCCGCAAGGAAAGUGCUGUGGCAAAGAAUUCAGCAAUUUUUGAAACGGGAUUAGAAAUAAUAAAAUUAUGUCUGUAGUUGCUGAUUGAAUAUGCCAAACUCCACCUGCCACAAUUUUGUAACUGGCUCUGCUCCUGUAGUGCCAGUUUGUCACACGUAGUCCUCAUUAAUAGCUACCACUCUAAAGUGGGCUCCGUGGGUAGAAUGCUGGAAAUGCGUGGGUUAGGGUAUGGUGCCAAUAGCACCAAAAUCACAGGUCUGAAUUCCAGCAUAAUGAUAAUGGAUAGUUUAUCACUGCCUAAUGUGUCUCUUUCCCUAUCUCUCUUAGCUAAGUGUUCGGAGGAAAAACACAAAAGAAAUGUUUGGUGGCUUCUUCAAAAUUGUGGUGAAGAGCGCUGACGAAGUUCUGUUCUCUGGGGUUAAAGUAAGAGUUCUUAAAGCUAGAUUGUCUCCUGCGUUAUUUUCCAUAAAUCUGUAUGCCUGCUUACGUAUACUGUAUUACUAGCAUUUAAAAACCUUUAUUCCAGUUGCUCUCUUGGGUUUUAAUUGAUUUCAUAUAAAUGCUGUUGUUGUUUUGAACUGCUUUUAUAUUUAUUUUUUAAAAAUCUUUUUAUAUAUGCAAUUGUUUUAACUCCUUUUUUGUAUGUUAACUGUUUUAUUGUAAAUCACUUCAAGACUUUCUGGCAUGAAAUUGUGCAAAUUGCGUUGCUAAGAACAAGCACGUAGGCUCAUUCUUUAGCAAUGGAGUGGGUUGGAGGGGGGCAAAUUGGGGGCUCCAGGGCACCAUGAAUUCAGUACUACUGUGAGCACUCCUCUGCCCUAUUUUUGGAGGUAUAGACAUAACAAUAGCCCUCCUGGAUGAGAGCAAAGUGCUAUCUUCCCCAGCACUUUUCUUUCCACUGUAAAGUAAUACUAACUUAUCAGGAUUUUUUUAUGGGGUAGGGAACAGAGCUGAGGGAAUGGAGAUUGCUUGUGCAGUGAACCUAUCACAGCAGGACUUUUAAAGUGUUUUUCUUUUUUUAAGGCUGAUUAUUUUGAAAAGAUUUAAGCAACUUUCAGGUAAAAGGGUGUUGGGGCUGUCAUAAUUCUGCACACAUACACAGACCUUCACAUGAUGUUCACUUGUUUUAGGGAAGGCUUAAAGUACCUAAAUAUUUUGUAAAUGAUUUCAAAAGCCAAGCUCGUAUUGCAUUCCUACUACAGAGGGUUAAUGUGAAAGUAACUCUAGCCGAAUUUUCGUGUUUUCUUGGUCAAAACACUAAUCAUCCGAAAAUCUCUUUCCAGGAAGUAGAUGAUUUCUUUGGACAAGAGAAGACAUUUCUUAUAAACUACUACAACAGAAUCAAGGAUGCAUGUGCAAAGGCAGAUAAGAUGACAAGAGCUCAUAAAAGUAACUUUUUCACCCAUAGAGACACUUGAGUAUUUUCUAAAUACUGCUCAGUUCAGAGACAAGACUGAAAGUGUUUUGUGUUCUUUCUCAACAGAUGUUGCAGAUGACUAUAUUCAUACUUCGGCUUGCUUAAAUAGUCUGGCUCUAGAAGAACCAACUACCAUUAAAAAGUAAGUCCAUUCCAUUCCUCUUCAAAAAUAGCUCUGGCAAAGAUUCUCAAACUUUCAUUGUACACAGGUUGUGCAUUGACAAUAAAGGUAUUAUUAUUAUUAUUAUUAUUAUUAUUAUUUAUUAUUUAUUUUGUCACAGUGACAAAGGCCACUAAGGUUCAAAGUAAAUGUAACGUGUCAGAUUCAUCAUCUGCUAUCCUGAUAACUUUUUUAUUUUAUUUAAAUGGCAGCAGGACAUGUUAGGGGUGACACAGUUGAGACCUGUAUAAUUAAGCCAAACCUGAAAACAAUAUUAAAGGGAAAUUAGAAUUCAGAAUAUUAACUUUUGGUGCCUUCUGUAAAUGUGAUUAGUUUUCAUGCUAUUUCCUUUUAUUUUUCUGCCUUUGAUAUUCACUUUCUGUAUUUCUUUCCUAUUGAUUCUUUUUUGCAAGUAGGUGAUAUCCAGCUUAGGGAGUUAUCAAACUGUACUGUUACACUAGGACAAGAACUUUCAGCUGUUCAAGAGAACCACCCCCACUUCUCCCUGUGCUGCCACCCCCUUCCAGCUUGACCUUUGAAUCUAUUGCAGGGGAUCCUUCCCCUCUCUGGAGCAGAUUUACAGGGUGUGCAGGGUGAGGAGAGGGUGAAGAAUUUCCAUUGCACAACUAAGAAUCCUUACACUAGUGGAACUGUUCAGUUGGAUACUGUCCCAUGUCAUAUUCAGCAUAGACCUAUUGAUUUCAGUGGGUUUUCUCUGAGCAUGAUGAAUGUUGAUAUCACCUAUUGUCUGUAAAUUUCUUUGUUUUUGUCUUAAUACUAUUGAUUUCUCAACUGGCAGCUAGCUGCUUCUGCUCCCUGCAUUCUGCUGUUCUUACCCUCUCGUGUAACAGCAAUUGACUCCUGUGGAUUCAUUGGGCUGUAUUCAACUAAAUUGUUGCCCUAGCAGAAACCAGUGUAAUGAUUCCCACUAGGGUAAGAGGACUGCCCUUGCUUCUCCUUGCCACCCACACCCUGAUCUGCUCUGGAAGGUCUUGAGAGCCCCCAGAACAGCAUACAGAGCGAGGAGAGGGGAGAACAUUCCAUUGGGCAAGCAGAAAUGCCUGUACAGUGGUGCCUCGCAAGACGAAAUUAAUCCGUUCCGCGAGAGUCUUCGUCUAGCGGUUUUUUCGUCUUGCGAAGCAACCCUAUUAGCGGCUUAACGGAUUAGCGCUGUUAGCGGUUUAGCGGCUAUUAAAGGCUUAAAGGCUUAGCGGAUUAGCUUCUAAAAGGCUAUUAAAGGCUAUUAAAGGCUUAGCAGAUUAGAUAAAGGGGGGGGAAAGCGAAAAAAAAAUCUCUAGACUCGCAAGACAUUUUCGUCUUGCGAAGCAAGCCCAUAGGGAAAUUCGUCCUGCGAAGCAACUCAAAAACGGAAAACCCUUUCGUCUAGCGGGUUUUCUGUCUUGCGAGGCAUUCGUCUUGCGGGGCACCACUGUACUUAUGGAACAAUCUCCUUAGGACCCUCAUACCUAUGGGACCACCUCUCCUGGUAUGUCCCACAGAGGGCCUUACAGUCUUCAAACAAAUACAUCUUGGAGGUCCCGGACCACAGGGAGGUUAGGCUGGCCUCAGCCAGAGCCAGGGCUUUUUCGGCUGUGGCCCCGAUCUGGUGAAACGCUCUGUCACAAGAGACUAGGGACUUGACAUCUUUCCGCAGAACCUGCAAGACCGAGCUGUUCCACAGGCCUUUGGCCAAGGCACAGUCUGACAGAACUCUAGCUCAAUGGUUGCCAUUAAUUUGAUUUUGAAUUGAUUUUAAAAUGAAUUGAUUUUAGAAUGCUGUUUUACUUUUAUUGUUGUUAGCCGCUCUGAGCCCGGCUUCGGCUGGGGAGGAUGGGAUAUAAAUAAAAUUUUAUUAUUAUUUUUUAUUAUUAGCGCUACUUUGAAUGCAACCCCUUAUGGUAUUUUUUGCUGCCAGUAAAAGGUAGAUGUAAAGGACCCGUGGACGAUUAAGUCCAGUCAAAGAUGACUAUGGGGCACGGCGUUCAUCUCGCUUUCAGGCCGAGGUAGCUGGCAUUUGUCCACAGACAGCUUUCCGGGUCAUGUGGCCAGCAUGACUAAACCGCUUCUGGUGCAAUGGGACACCAUGACAAGUGCCAGAGCGCACAGAAGCACCAUUUACCUUUCCACCACAGUGGUACCUCUUUAUCUAGUUGCACUGGCAUGCUUUCGAACUGCUAGGUUCGCAGGAGCUGGUACAGAGCAAUGGGAGCUCACCCUAUCAUGGGCAUUCUAAACGCUGACCUUCUGAUCAGCAAACCCAAGAGGCUUGGUGGUUUAGACCACAGCACCACCUUUUGCCAGUGCAGUGCUCUUCACUUGAGUGUGCUGUCACCUACUGAUACAAAAGUGUUCUGAAACUCAGGUUUAAAAUUUUGCAAAUGUACAAUUGCUGAACAUUCUAUUCCAUAUCCAUGUAUGUUUCUAGUUCUUUGCACCAGAACAACACCAGCCCUCAUUCUUUUUCUAUGGGGUCUCCUUUUUGGGCCAGUGGGCACAUCUGGAAUUUUGAGAGAGUGCUGUGGGCUCCAGUCACAAAAUGGCUGCAGUGGGGGUUGUUGCCUAAACCAAAAUGGCUGCCUUAGCUAACAGCAGAACAAGAGGCAGGACUACAAAAUGGCACAGGUAUGCCCCAUUGCCCCACUCCAAUCAGUUAGGGGGAGGCACUACAUCAGGCACCUCCACAUUUUCCCUCUGUUCAGAACAGAAGUGAAGGUGGUUGUCCAGUCCGGGCAUCCAAUGAAAAGGGAAAAGGGAAAGUGCUCAUUGUAGGAGAGGGGAAAUCAGGGCUAAUAGGGACUGAGCACGAAGACCAAAUAGUCCCUCAUGCGUUGUGCACUUUUGAGGCUUUUUGGGGGGCACACUGAUGCCUGUGGGCGCCAUGUUGGCAACCUCUGAUCUAAGUUGUCUUCUAGUACUAUAUUAUCUUCCUCAAGCAUAAUUCCUGACUCCUCUCUGUUGGACUUGUUUACAGUGAUGAAAAUUGAGUUCCCUCUGGAAGACUCUGCUUAAAAUUUCAUUACUGCCUAGCAGGAUGCAGUAGCAUGAAUACAUUCACCAGAUUAUCCAGUUAAUGAGGUGUGGUAGCUUCUGUUGGUCAGGGAUGUCUGCACCUCUUGUAUUUCGUACGGCUUCAUACCUCUACUGUUAGUACCUCCUUCCUUGCCCUGUGUUCUUCUGUGUCGUCAUAACUCUGGAGUCUUACGGAACAGGCCAAUCUGUUCAGGCAGGUAGAAUCAGAAUCUAGCCUUAUAUAAAUAAGCCCACAAAAGUUACCUGCAGUGCCAUUUCUUUUACAUGCCUGCUAAGGGGCUAGUAGCCUAUGUCACUGUGCUGGCCAUAGAAAAGAGGGAACACUCGCCUUCCCAGCCAGCCUGGAAACGCAGACUAAAAAUAUUGCUUUCCUCUAGGUAGACUGGUGGAGGUGAUCCAACCUGGAGGUUUCUAUCCUGGUUGUGGAGGAAAGACUUUCCUCUACAGUUAGCACAGAAGCCAAAUAGUUUGGCAGAGGAGGCGUGGAGCCAGGUCACUGCACCUAUGAAUUUAACCACUAACUUGGCAGCCAUAGCUGAUGUGGCCCAACUCCUUGCCCCAGUGCAGGAGGUUUGCUGCUAAUAUAAAGCUAUUGGUGUGAGUUCAGGGUUUGGGAGAUACAGUUAACAUUCUCUUCUCACCCUAUUCCUCCCCAGGUACUUGGUGAAAAUUUCUGAGCUCUUUGAGAAACUCCGGGUAACUUUUAUUUUAUUUUAUUUUUUAUUUAAAAUAUUUAUAUCCCACCUUUCACCAAAAAAUAAUCCAAGACAGUAACAUUCCUCUUAAAAGCAAUCAAAACAUUUAAGAUUGUAUUAUAAAACAUAAGUAGCAUAAAGCAGCAAGAUAAAAAUGUAACCUACAGAAAAGCAGCAGGAGACAAAACAAAAAACUACAAUUGGCACAUGUCAUCAGUAUAAAACCAUAUCGGCCAGAUGUCUUUCUAAAAUGGAAGGUAUUUGCCAUCUGACAAACUAUUGUAAGGGAGGGGUCAGCAUUCACUUCAUCAGGAGGGACUUCCUAUGAGAAAAAUCUCUCCUUAGAUACAGCCUGACGGUCUGCGCUGGUCACUUGGGACACACAAGAGGGCAUCUGACCAUGAUCUUAGUGGGCAGACCAGUUAAUAGUGCAGAAAACAGUCCCUUUAGUAUCAUUAGCCUAAAAACCACAGGCCAGUUUAACUAAGAAGGUGCUUUAGCAGGAACCAGCACAGCAAACUGAAUCGGGGUAUGUGUGUGUUUCAGGGUCUGGAGAACCCCCAGAACAGUGCGUGGCGGGAGGAAAGGGGAGAAUGUUCUAUCAGCAAGCUGAAGUGCUUACGCUGACAGAACCAUUGGAAAAGUGCAACGUUCAAUUCCUCCCCAUAAUGGAUGUUAAAGAGUAUUGCACUCUGGACCAAACUGAGUUUCCAGACACCUUUUCAAAGGAAGCCCCACUUAGAGUGCAUCCAGUAAGAGUAGUCCAGACAAGGUGUAACUAAGACAUGUGUUUUCAUGGCCAGAUCUGUAGUUGGUGUACCAGCUUGUGCUGGGCAAAGGAAUACCCACCGCAGCUGUCACCUGAACAUAAUUUGUCAGAGUUGGGUCCAAGGGUCCAAAAUAAUAACCUGUGUUUAGUGCCACACAGCUUGAACCCCUGUUUCUAGAGCAGCAGUUCUACUGAACUGAACCCUACUGAUGUGCACACCAUCUUGUGUUUCUGCAUGCUCUGUUCUGGAUAACUUUGUUGAUUUGUUGGAUUAUUGGGGAAAUGUGUGGUGUGUGGUGUGAUAUGGUUUAGCAGCUACAGUGCCAUAAAGUUCAGUAUACCUGCUGAUGCAGAGCACCAUAGCUAUUCCUGGAUUAAGCUUCAUUUUUUAGCCUACAGGCAGUCCAUGGAGGCCCCAGGCACUGAUCCAGAAUCUCAGCAAGGUUGAUCUUUGAGGCACCCUAUAAGCAAACGACCAAGGUGUAAAAUAGAAGUUCCCCAGCACUACUGUCUAGAACAGGCUUCCUCAACCUUGGCCCUCCAGAUGUUUUUGGCCUACAGCUCCCAUGAUCCCUAGCUAGCAGGACCCAGUGGUCAGGGAUUAUGGGAAUUGUAGUCUCAAGACAUCUGGAGGGCUGAGGUUGAGGAAGCCCGGUCUAGAAUCAUAUCCUCAAGUCACACUCCUGUGUCCUUGUGUGGGUCAUUCAGUAGGGCAGCCAAGGUUGUUUCCAUUCCUAAACAGCCCAAGGCCAAAUUGAAAUGGAACUAUUUAUUCUGCAGAAUUUAACUUUUUUUUUCUUAAAGAUGCUACAGCCAAUAUGCACUAAAUUUUAAAUUGUUUGUCUAUACAGUAAUUGUGUUUUCUUCUCCAUAGAAAGUAGAGAAUCGUGUUUCUUCUGAUGAAGAUUUGAAACUAUCAGAAUUACUAAAAUACUAUAUGCUCAAUAUAGAAGCAGCAAAAGUGAGUCCUCUCUGAAUGUUUUCUCCAGUACUUACACUAGGAGAACAAUUUGGCUGAACUUUGUACCACAGUUUUGAUAACAAUGCAUUAACAUGCUCCACAUGAUCGCAAUCUGAAGGUUGAAAUGGUACCAAGAUAAUGGGGAGACUAUGUUCAUUGUUGAUUGGGUACAUUUUUUUGUCAUUGAGGUUCAGAACUUCUUUGGCUACUCCUAGACCGAUUGCCACACCUGGAGUUCACGACCUUAUUCAUCUGCUUCUGAUGAGAAACUUGCAGCCCUUUCUGAUUCAACUAUAUCACUAAUCAUGAAAAAAUCAGGAGGUUGCAGUGCUCAAGGUCAGCUUAUUGCAUCCCAGCUUCCAGCAUCUCUGAACCUUGGCCCUGCUCGCCUGGACUGAUGGGAGAUGGGAGUCCAGCAUCAUUUGGAGGGUACCACGUUGGGCACCAUGGACCUAGAUUGGCAGACUUGUGCUAAGGAGAUAAGCUUCAUAUCUCUGCUUGGCUAUGACUCCCAAAAUGACUCCCGAAAUGGUUCAAAAAGCAAGGCGCGCCUUCUGAUUGGCUGCAGGAGCUUCCUGCACUCAAUCGGAAGCCGUGUCGGACGUUCAGCUUCCAUAAAAUGUUUGCAAACUGGAACACUCACUUCCAGGUCAAUUUGUUUGGCAGCCAAGCCGUUCAAGUACCAAGGUAGCAAGGCUUAUCUUAAACUUCUUCAAAAGUUCUUUGUGCAUUUCGGAAUGCUUCUUGAGCUAUAGAUCAGGCUGCAUAUCUGUAUAACAUGGGGUGUAGCUUUGAGUUAAAUGCCCUGAUCAAGAACUGUUUUUUCCCCCCACUCAACCUAUUCAGGAUCUCUUGUACAGACGUACACGGGCCCUUGUGGAGUAUGAAAAUUCAAAUAAAGCUUUGGAUAAAGCUAGGUUGAAAAGCAAAGAUGUCCAGUUGGCAGAAGCACAUCAGCAAGAAUGCUGUCAAAGAUUUGAGAAACUUUCUGAAUCUGCAAAACAAGGUAAAACCACUUCAGGACACCACAUUAAGGCAAAGCUUUGCAGUGGAUGUGCCUGAGAUGUUCUUCCAGAGUUUUUCAGUCUAGAGUUUACUUGCCUUGUAGAAAGAUGUAACUUCUGCUUGUGAUAUGCAGUCUAGGGUGCUGAUGACUUUAUUCCCUAGCAAUCAGCAUAGGGAUAAACAUUGAAAUUGCUCUGAAGUGAUGGGUGGGAUCUCAUUUUUCUGCAUCAAGUUGAACAAGCAACAUCUGAAUUGUGGGGAUGGCAGAUGGAGUCUGGUCCCCUCAGUAACUGUGUCGAGCAUUACAAGGGCAUGAUUUGUCUUAAAGGCGAGGAGGCAGGAAGCUUAUGAAUUCUUUACUGGCCUCCCUACCACUUUCCUUGUAAUUUGAGCACUGACCAAGAGUACUGGAUUACCCGAUGGGCAGACUUACAUUUUGCAAAGCAAAAAAUGAGUUUUUUGAAGCAAAAUGACACUUGAUAUUCCCCCCCCCCACCCAAAAAAGAGAAAAAACCCAAACCAGCUGCCAUGGGAAAAAUCAGAACUUUGUGAAGACAUCCUUAAAUGCCACUAGAGUUUUAUUUUAUGGUUUAGUAUUAUUUUUGUUUUGAAUUACACAUAAGGGUAACUAUAAUAAUUUCUGUUCUUCGGGUCUCUAAAGGUUUGCCCUACUGAGCAUGAACUGAAAAUAAAACCCCACCUGCUUCACCUAGUAUAUUCCACAUGUACAUGCUCUGCCAGCAUUGAGCUAUUUCUGUGAAUGAAUUUUGUUGGUUUGAUUGCUAUUUUCCCUUUCUUUACCUCUACAAAAUCCUUCUAAAUUUAUUACUAGGGCUAACACUAAGGGUUUGGGACAAGUAUUCAUUACCUUCAUCCCAGACUUUUGAUUCAGCCGACAACCAUUUUGCAUGGGGGUUCCUUUCACGGCCCCCGCAUGCAUUGGAGGAACACGUAUGAGCCCGCCCUGCCCCCAUUACGCCCUUUUAGCGACGUGUUAAGUGACGUUUUCAGGUCACUUCCAGGUUUGGCACCAUGGAUACGUCCAUGAUCAUGCAUCUUUCAGGCACACACAUUCAUCGGUCGCUGCCUGCAUUUCCCUUUCCAUAGUGCUAUGGAAAUCUUUCAGAAAAACUGGGUAUUAUUUGGAAUAGAUAUAUAUCAGCAUGUUUGGCACUUAUUUAUAGUUUGACAAAAUGGGUAAUUCAGUUACCAAGUUUCUCAAAAGACAUAAAACAUUUUGCUGCCUGUAAAAGUUACUCAUUCCUGUUGGCAAGUACUCAACAUUGUUAUGCUAAUGAUUUGUUCAUGUGUUUAUCAUUUAACUCAAUUAAAAUGAAAGUGUCUUAAGCUAUUGGAGCACUAUCUAGACUCUAUCUCCAAGUGAUUUAACGUCUCUGUUCUCCCCACGGCAGAACUGGUCAACUUCAAACAGAAGCGAAUAGCAGCAUUUCGUAAAAAUCUAAUUGAAAUGUCUGAGCUCGAGAUCAAGCAUGCAAAGGUAUGUGUUCUAAAGUAAGACACUGGAUGGAGGCUGUCCAGGCUGUCUUAACUGUAGAAAAUAUUCCACAGUAUGCAUUUGGGGGCAGUUCAGCUUAUUUGUCCUUUCAGGGCUAGCAAAAAAGCCUUUUGCAAUAUGAAGACUGUUCAGGUGGGGGGGGGGAAUUGCUAAUUAAGUAGUUUGAUUUAGAUUAGUGUGUUUUAUGCUGUCAACCAAAACUUUCAAUAUCACUAAAUAAGCCCUGAAGUCUUUUUUUGACAUGGUAAAACUUUCCAAAUAUGGACAGAAAACUUGUUUCAAAGAACUUCUGUGCCACUUCUUUUCUCUGGGUGCAGGGAGGACUUAUAUAUGUCUGAAUUGAGUACUCUGACCUUUAAGGACAUUCUCUUAGAGCCUUUUAUAUGAAUAAGAGUCAGCUAUGAAAUGGCAUGGUUUGUUUAGGAGGAGGGACUACUGGAGCAUAUAAUUAAGAGCAAGGUGCCCAAAAUGUUGAGAAUUCACACUGCGUAGCCAUAUCCAGGGGGAGGGAUGUUUUGUUCUUCUUCUUAUACAGAAGACCUACUUCAUGUGUCUACUUAAUUUUAAAACCUCCACACAAGUGCAUGAAGCUCUUUCAUGUCAAGCCUCAACUCAGGAAGGUGAUGGUCUGAAGAAAGGAACCUGCUAUACUCAAGGCUUCCCAUGCAAUUUUGAGACCUCGUACAAGAAAAUCCCAGUGUCCGACCAUACACCUCCACACAGUGGCAAAGAAAGCUUAGUAUGCUCACUCAUGGUCUAUUAGUGCUUGGAAAGUUCAUUUUUAAAAGAAUCUAGUUCUGGUUCAUCCUGCCCAUACAGGAACUAGUUCCAGUUUAUCCAAAUGAACCUUUAGUCCAGAAAAUUUUUCUUUUCUGCAAAAGAAAAAUAAAUCAGCAUUCAGAUCUUAUAAGCUGCUGUGAUGAAGUAUAUGGUCCGACAGUGAAACAGAGGCCACAAACAAGUUGUCUGACAAACAACACACCAACAGGUGAAGCUUUCCCCCCCAAUUGAUUUCCCAUACCAGAAAAGACUGUUUAAUAUGUUUCAGCCACACAGCUGUUAAAGGCAUAAGGCAUCAUUCACUUUGUCCCUGUCUCUGUAUUACUUGUUGCAAGUUGCUCCUGUUGGAAGAGAGCAAACGGCUUCAGCAGGGAAGAUAAAGAAAACCCCUCCAUCUGAUUGUUUAGAAACAGUGACUUAAGACAUUAGCCACAGCAGCAUCUCUAUCUGGCUAAUAAAGUCAUACCAUGUUGCCUCCACACUUUGUUUCCUAACUUUCUUUACUGAUGCUCAGUAGUGUUUUUUUAAAAAAGUAACAGCUAAGAGUUUGGCAGGGGGAGGUAUUGAAUGUGAAGAUGAACUAGAAAUCAUUCAAAGUUUUGCACCAAAAUGAAUUUAACCCACCUUUAUAAUAUUUAUUAUUUAUACCCUGCCAUCUGGCUGGGCUUCCCCAGCCACUCUGGGCGGCUUCCAACCAAGUAUUAAAAUACAGUAAUACAUCAAACAUUAAAAGCUUCGCUAAACAGGGCUGCCUUCAGAUGUCUUCUAAAAGUUUGGUAGUUGUUGUUCGCUUUGACAUCUGGUGGGAGGGCGUUCCACAGGGCGGAUGCCACUACCGAGAAGGCCUUCUGCCUGGUUCCCUGUAACUUGGCUUUUCGCAGUGAGGGAACCGCCAGAAGGCCCUCGGCGCUGGACCUCAGUGUCCGGGCAGAACGAUGGGGGUGGAGAUGCUCCUUCAGAUAUACUUUAGUUCACCUGGCAGUUAUAGUAACUGCAUCCGCAUAGGGCUACAGUGUUGAGUUUAUGUAUGUAAACUACCAAACUGACUUCAGUAUUUCAGAUAACAAGAAAAGCACAUUGAACGAGACUAUUUGAAAAUACAUUGGAUUAUCUUAUUCUGUGGUUAGGUUUGAUGGCUCCCUGUCUCCUCCACCUAACGGACUACUUCUUUUGCCUUCCAGAAUAAUGUUUCUCUCAUACAAAGCUGCAUUGAAGUGUUAAAGAAGAACUGAAGGCAACUUACCUGUGGGGGGUGGAGUGAGGAAGGCACUUGGAAAUUGCACUCAAACGGCCGCAUGGGACUGUUUCUAGCUUGGUUUCUCUGUACCACCUUUUUCUGGCUAAAAACCUAACCAAGUUGACACUAAUGCAUUGAUCUCAAUGAUAAAAAAAAUUGCAUUACAUAUAGAUUUGCUUGAAUUUCCACUGACGUGUUAAACCUCAGGGUAAGCAAACAAUAUGUGUAUGAGUUUGAUAACUGGUAAAUUACUAUUGUGGAAGAAGCUGGUUUCUGGGAAAAUGCCUUAGCACUGGAAAUGAGUUUGUGCAGUGGAAGAUUUGAAAUUACAAUCUGUCAUGGUGCCUGUUGCAUAUAUACCAUAACCCAAAUAUCUCUAUUUCCAUGUGCAAAUGACUACAGCUAAUGCUUUGCAGUUUUGUAAGGAAAUGCAUUAACAUUAAAUUUCAUAAACCUCUACUGCACUAUUUUUUGAUUGUGUAUGUACUCUUGAAUACAAAAUAAAUGUCUACUCUUGAUUUAUGUAGCAUUUAAUUGAUGUGGAGUCUCCUUUGCUCUUGCAACAGUAAUAGGCAUCUAUGUCCCACGUCUAUUUUACAUAUUGAAAUGUGCAGUGUGACUCUCGUUACACUGGCUGAAGUGACUUAGUAUUGCAACAGAAAAAGACAAGUUUAUUUGAUUUGAUUUAAUAAUUGUAUUCCACUUUUCCAACAACAAAGGUGGCUCACAAUAACCACAAUAACAUUAAAAAACAAACAAACAUUGAAAUCACAAUAAUAAAUUGAAACAAUGAUUAGGUAAAGGUAAAGGGGACCCCUGACCAUUAGGUCCCCUUGUGGCCGACUCUGGGGUUGCGGUGCUCAUCUCGCUUUAUCGGCCAAGGGAGCCGGUGUACAGCUUCUGGGUCAUGUGGCCAGCAUGACUAAGCCGCUUCUGGUGAACCAGAGCAGCGCACGGAAUCACCGUUUACCUUCCCGAUGGAGCGGUACCUUUUUAUCUACUUGCACUUUGAUGUUCUUUUGAACUGCUAGGUUGGCAGGAGCAGGGACUGAGCAACGGGAGCUCACCCUGUCACGGGGAUUCGAACCGCCGACCUUCUGAUUGGCAAGUCCUAGGCUCUGUGGUUUAACCCACAGCGCCACCCGAAUGAUUACUGUUCAAUAAAGUCAUAGUAAUUCAUAGAUUUGCCAGGAUACUUCCUAAUCACAAGAAGCCUUACUCCACAACAGCAGCAAAACGAAUUAAUUGAUGGCUUGGAAACUACAUUGGUAUGUCACCAGGGGAGUCCACAACUUCCCAAGGAAGGCUGUUCUAAUGUUGAACAGCUCUUAAUGUCAGAAAGUUUUUCCUGAUGUUUAGUUGGAAAUCUCCUUUCAUGUAAAUUGAAGCCACUGAGUUGAGUCUACCCUCCUGGUGAUACUAUACCAGUUACCUGUCAUCUGCACUAAAUGAAAGUCUGUUUCUGGGGCCAAUGUCUGAUAUUUAAUCAAACUCCAUUGAAGCAGAAUUUUUUUUUCUGUAAAUGGUUGCUGUUUGUAUUAUUUUGGAACAAUAAACUUUAUAAUUUUCAUCAUUUCUCU